AUGCCAAACUUGUUGAGGGUGUUGGAGAGGCAACAGAAACCAAGGGAAGAAAUCCGGCGUAGACGUGCUCAAGAAGAUCGGGACGCCGAUGAAGAAGAGGAACAAAUGCUUGCAGCAGCGCAUGAUGUUGUUGGAGCUUUGGGUCUUAUACCGGAGCAAAAACUUACAGCUGCUUUGCGGAUGCUUGCUUAUGGGGCAUCUGCAGAGCAGGUGGAUGAGAUUGCAAGGAUGGGAAAAUCUACUAUCCUAGAGUGCUUGGUGAGAUUCUGUGAUGUAGUGAAAAAUUUGUACACGAUGGAGUACCUUCGCAAACCCACGCCAAGAGACCUGCAACGGCUUUUAAAAAAAGGCGAGACUCGAGGUUUCCCAGGAAUGAUUGGAAGCAUCGAUUGCAUGCACUGGCAGUGGAAGAACUGUCCUACUGCUUGGCAAAGAGAGUACGGGCAUCGGAAGGGCCAAAAAAGUAUAAUUUUGGAGGUCGUAGCUUCAUUCGACUGUUGGGUUUGGCAUGCCUUCUUCGGUGUUGCCGGAUCUCAGAAUGACCUCAAUGUCCUUGGUCAAUCCCCGAUGUUCGAUGAGGAUGAGUAUGACUAUGACGCUCCAGAGGUGUUUGAACCCGAUCCAAUGAACACAUCGUUGACAAGAAUAUAUGAAAGGCCAAUUGGACCAAAUGGACUACCACUGGAGCCCGAACCGUUACUUCAGGAUGGUCAAUUCAACAACCCCAUGAUUGAUCGGUAUCAAGAAAUGCAAUCUUCAUAUGUUCACGAGAUACGUCAAGGUGACUUGGUCGAGCACUUGUGGGAGAUGAAAGGCAAUCACAAUGGAUGA